AUGAGCACCACGUCGGUCGCGCGCGCGGGCGCCGCCGUCCGCGCCGGUCGCGGACGCGUCUCCUCCGCGUCUUCGAGAUAUUCUCGCGCCACCGCCACCGCCGAUUGCAGAUUUUCCUCCUCUCGCGUCGUCGCGCGACGCGCGGUCCCGACGCCGUCCCUGCGCCUGGCCGCACGCAGCGCGCGCGCGCGCGUCUCUACGCUGGAAAACCCGAUGACGCUCUCCAUGGACGCGGAGGACGCGCGGUUCGAGCGCGAGGAGCCCGAGCCGUUCGCGCCACCGGUCGCUUAUCCCGACGUCGUGUACGCGUUCGCUAACGACGGCACGUUCUUAGGGGAGACGACGAAGAGCGCCACGGCCGUGGCCGCGGUCGUCGUCGAGGACGCCGCGCCGGCCGUCGUGGACGAGGUAGCCCCCGCGCUCGAGCUGGACGUCGUGGGCGCGCCCGCGGAGACGCCCGCGGACGCGGUCGCGGCGAUCCAGACGUCGACGGAAAGCGUUCCCGACGCCGCGGCGACGCCGACGCCGACGCCGACCGCGCCGACGCCGACGCCGAUGUCGUCGUCCGCGUCCGCGUCGCAAUCUCAAUCGCAAUCGCACGCCGCGGUCAGCGCGCACACGGGCGACGCGGAAGGCCAAGGCAUGAGCGCGUACAGCACGGACGAGGUCUUGUGCAUGAUGUACGGCGUGGAUCAGGCGCGUUCUAUACACUGGUCCCCAUACGACCCCGUUCGCGUGGUGAACGCCGACAAGGAGGAGGCGAAGUAUCGCGUCGCGUUUUUCGACCUCGACGGCACCGUCGCCUCCGCCACGGUCGUCGACCAGCUCGUCGCGGCGAAGACGCGCGCGAUGCCCGGGUGGCUGGCCAUGAUCUGGAAGCCUCUGUUCGCGCUCAGAUGUCUGCUCUACCGCGCGUUCGGGAACGGCGACGACGCGUCGUUCCACGCGGCGUUUGCCAACGAGUUCAAAGGCGUCGACGCGAGCGACGCCAACUUGGAGGCCAUGGCGACGGACGCGUACGAGCUCUGCAACGCGACCGUGUUCCCGGAGGCGGCGAACACGAUGAAGAUGCUCAAGUACGACGGGUACAAGGUGGUCCUCGUCACGGAGAGCCCGGAAUUUUUAGUCAAGCCGCUCGCGAAGGCGCUCGGCGCGUCGCGCGUCAUCGGCGGCGUCUUGGAGAAGGAAACGCGCGCCGACGGCGCCGUCGUCUUCACCGGGAAACUCACCGGGCCGCCGGUCGUGGGCGAAGAGAAAGCGCGAGCCGCGCUGCGGUUCGCGGAGGAGGUUGGCGUGAACAUGAAGAAGAGCAUCGCGUACGGCGACGGGCUCGGCGACGCCGCGUUGAUGAGGGCGUGCGGGAAGGCGUACGCGGUGAGUCCGAGCGUCGAGUUGCGGAGAGAGGCGGAGGCGAACGGGUGGAACGUCCUCUCGUGGCGCGAGGACGCGGUCAUGACCGAAGCUGGGAAGGGCGAGAACGUCGCCGCGGCCAGGGCGGCGUUGGAUUACUCCGGGUUCGGCGGCGCGCCGAUGCCGGGCGUGGACGGGGUGGUGUCGUACGCGACGAGCGGCGCGGCGACGACCGCCGCCGCGGGGGGCGCGUCCAAGGCGUGGACGAUGGUGGAUCCGGACCAGUUCGACGAGGAAGUCAACGCGGGGCGGCGGUUGGCGUGAGCUCGAGCUCGAGUCGGAGUAGCGAGGUGGAGCGAGUGGAGUGAUUCUUUUAGCGCAGCACGCGAGGCUCGACGCGCGUCGGGCCUCAACGGAACGAAAUGUAACGCAAGAUAAAUUUUUCCGAG